AAAAUUUGAAAUAAACCUCCGUCAUCGUCUGUCUAGUGUCUACCCCUGCACAGCACAGUGACAGUCACACAGCAAAGCAUCUACACCUUCCACUCCCCUGCAAAGCAACUGUCUCUUCUCCUCAACGCAGAAGACCAAAAAAAUGCUAACCCUAAACGUCCUAAACGUCGUCGCGCGUCCCUCCAUAUUGCAAAAUUCUUCAGCUCAACCAUCUAAUCAUCAAUUCAAUUAUAUCAACUACCGGCUUGCAAAUACAGGGAGAAGAAAGCUUAAGGUUUCGAGACUCAGGUCUAACUUUUGGGACUCCAUAAGAUCAGGGUUCUUGAAGGAUAAUUCGACGCAAGUUGUGGAAUCACCCUCUACGCUCCAAGAAGAGGAAGAACCACAGCCUGAAGAGUUUGUUCUUGUGGAAAAGACUGAGGAAGAUGGAGUGGUUGAGCAAAUAAUAUUCUCUUCUGGUGGGGAUGUUGAUAUAUAUGAUCUGCAGACCCUGUGUGAUAAGGUGGGCUGGCCUAGAAGGCCACUGUCAAAAUUAGAUGCAGCUUUAAAAAAUAGCUACAUGGUAGCCACAUUGCAUUCUAUACGGAAAUCACCUGGAUCGGAGGGGAAUGACCAAAAGAAGCUUAUUGGCAUGGCUCGUGCUACAUCUGAUCAUGCCUUCAAUGCUACAAUUUGGGAUGUUCUGGUUGAUCCUAGCUAUCAGGGCCAAGGCCUUGGUAAGACACUUGUUGAAAAGAUUAUUAGAGCUCUUCUACAAAGGGACAUUGGCAAUAUAACGCUAUUUGCAGAUAGUCAAGUAGUAGAGUUCUAUCAGAAUUUGGGAUUUGAACCUGAUCCUGAGGGCAUUAAAGGUAUGUUUUGGUACCCAAAGUACUAGUUGACUGGGGUGAGGACAGGCUUCUUUGUGCUUGAAUUUAACCGCUUCAACUUGCAAAAUGCAAUGGCACAAAGGACUUAAGAUAGAGAGGAAACCCACUUGUAAGUGCACAUCACAUGUAACUGUAAUUUGAAGCUUUCGCGAUUGAUUGUCAUGUAUAUCAUGGAAAUAUGAGGCAGUUAACUUUCCACCGUUCAAGAACAGUUGAUUUAUUCGUACAUCUUGUACUUUAUUACCUUGCUUUACGCAGCAUGAGAUUUGAUGAGAACUUUUCCAA